AUGUCUUUAAUCGAAAAUUAUAAUUUUGCUCAAUAUGAGCUUGAACAUUUUAUGUAUAAUACUGAACAUAAAUCACAGCCACUUGCCUCUAUCACAUCUAGUAUUAACAAUAGUGAAGAUACAGCAACUUCCUUUAAAAAAAGAUAUAGCAAGCUUUUUUUAGAAGGGCUAUUUGAGGAAAAUAAAAGAAAAACAUGGUUAUACAAAAAUAAUGAUUCCAAUACAACAAAUCUUUGGUGUCAUCUUGAACAUUACCAUCCAGACAGUGAUUCAAGAUCAAAAGAAGAACCAUUUGAAUUUAUACAAUUAGCUUUUAAAAAGUUACUUAAUAAAUAG